UUGAGUUCCUGGAACAAACAAAACAAAUGACAGCUGACCAGUGGACGGGGCUACCAGCCCGUGUCAGUCGCCUCGACGUGUUGAAAUCUUAUUUUGGUUAUUUGCGCAACAACACUGAAAAAGUGUUCACUUCUGGUGAAUAAGUAACUGAGGAGAAAGACAGCGUAGAAGGCUAACAGCUACGCGUCAGGUUAGCUUAGCUUAGCUUAGCCUUGCAGAACGUCUACAGUUAUGUAGCUAGCUGAGAAGAGUUUCAUCAGCAGGGACUGGUUUCGUUUUCCUGAAAUGUGUUCUCUGUACAACACGUUGGUGCUUGAAGACAUGCUAGGUGCUGGCUUGCUGUCGUCCGUCAGAGACCUUUCUCAGCCGGCCAUCAAGAGUGUUGUGUUUACAACCAGUGACGGUGUUUAUCUCAAUAACACAGCCACCCACUAGCUGCUUAUCGACCUCAGCUAGCUAUUACAGCUAAUUGUGGUUGUGAGUGUGUGUAUUCACUCCACGUAUGAGGACUGCUGAGCUGCACCGUUUCCUCCAGGAGACAUCUCAGUCAGCUGUUUUUCAAUGCGAUCUGAGUUGUAUUAACGUUGGUUUGAGCAGGCACUAAAGAUGGAGGCUGUAAGACCAAAGAAGACCAAGGCAAAAACCAGUGGGAAGUCUCAGUCGGUCAGGAAGCAGAAGCAGGCAGAAGAAGACAAAAGAGCCACAGUUCCCCCAGCUGUGUGUGAUGAGGCCUCCACAUCUGGCUUCACGGAUGUUCCCCUCAGUCUGCCGUAUCAGGAGCCGGAGGAGCAGCAGGACCCUGUUCAGCACCCUGAGACCGCGACACAGCAAUCAGAUCAGCCCUCCGAGAAACAGCAGACCAUCCCAUCACAGUCCUUACCCACAUCAUUGUCAACUAAGACUUUAGAGCCAUCCGUCGAAUCAAAAGAGAAGGAUGGAGGAGAAGCCGCACAGAGGGCUGAGGUCGAAGUUGCAGAACAGAUCCCUGACACACAAUCAUGGAAUCAGCCUUGUGUUUCAACUCAGUUUCAGAUCACAAAUGCCCCGAGUGCUCCAGCACUGUACCCCUCUCUCCCAGCACUGGAGGAGGGUCCCAUGCUACAGCUCUGCGAAGAAGCUGUGAAAAAUGGGGAAAAGGGACCUGCAGUGUUGGCACUGCCUGAACAAGAAUCUUCCCCUCCAAGUUUGCAGCCCCUGGAGUCUGUCAGCGAACUGUCAAGGUGCAAAUUGUACCCGGAAUUACCCAAGACGGCUCCAGAAAUGCAGCCAUUCUCAUUAGAGCAGCUGAGUGUCUGGGAGCCAGGCGGAGGGUUACGAGCUUGGUUAGAGGGUGUUGAAGUGUGUGCAGCCCAGUUCUGUGCUUUAGCCCGGCAGGAGAACCAUGAGCUGACCGAGCUGCUGCAGAACUACUGGCGCUGUCGUAGACAACUCACCCAGUCACACACACAGCUACAUACUCAGUCCUCUGACUGCAAGAGCACACAGAAUCGUCUCUGGAGCUUCAAAGAUGAGCAGCUUACACUUCAGGGUGUGUGCGCAGAUCAGUCUAAGGUUUGUGGAUACCAUCGCUUCCAGCAGGCAGAGUUCAGUCAGAGUGUGCUGGCUGAGCUCAGGAGGCUGUUUGAAGCUCGCAGUGAGCUGCUCCAUCAAAAGGUGGCGCUACAUGCCUACACCGCUCUGCUCUCACGCCUCCAGGUGGAAUCAUACCUGUAUCGUCUGCUAAAAGAUUGUUCUGGCAGCAAAACCCAACCUUGUUCUCUCCAGCCGUUGAAAGAGGCCAUCAGUGUCCUGUUUAGCUUCACACGUAGAGUCCUGGAUGACUCACAGUUUCAAACAGACAUCCAUCACUGGCUGGACAGAUUGGUGGCCGUCCUGCUUCACGUUGGAGGGUCAGGAGAGCACCUUUACCUGCUUUGCCAUCUUCUCUGCUGUCCUGCCGGCGUUGGCAAGUGGGCUGCACCCUUCCUUCAGAUCCAAGUUUUGGGGAACACCUGUGGAGUACAGCAUUUUAUGCAAGCCCUGGCCAUCCUAAUGUCUCCUUCAAGACACCGUGCAGAGUUUCUGGGACAUCUGAAGCCAUGUGAGAGCCAGAGCUCAGCAGCUUCUGGACCUGAGUCUGGUAACUGGACACUAGUGGAUGAAGGGGGAGAGGAGGAUGAGGACCCAGACAGCAGCUGGUUGUUGCUCUGUGAGGAGGAUCUGAUCUCCCUGCUCACCCAGUUCCCGUUCCAGCAGCUCUAUUCACACAUGCUGGGCAUGAGCAAGCAGGGAGUGUAUGAACCUGUGUCCUGUUCCAGUCAGAAGAUCAUGCGUGUUUUUGGUUUUGCGUCGUCACUCAUUGAAAUUCUCGCCCUUGGACUGCAAACCUACAACAGGGCUCGAUACAGACAGCUGGUGAAACGGAUAGGACACAUCAUACGAAUGACAGUGUGUUAUGUCAGUGACCACUGGGCCCAGUAUGUGAGUUUAACUGGUGCUGGUGGGUCCGGCUCACACUCUCUGUCUUUGGAAAAACUACAGCUGGAAUACGACCAUCUCUUCCUCAGAGCUGUUCUACAUGUGCUCAGAAACAAAAGGUUGGGGAUUUGGUUGUUUAUGUCCGAGAUGCCAUAUGGGACUCUGUCCAGCUCUAUGUUGUGGAGGGUGCUCUAUGUUAUGCAGUGUGCAGAGACCGCAGGACUGGAAACCUUCGGCACUGCAAGUGACACACACUCCUGCAUUCAGGCUCUCAGAGAUCCAGAGCACCAGGAAAGGUUUGAACACUGGCUGUGUGAAGUGAACAGCUCUGACGGCAUCUCCCUCCUUACCGCACUAGCACACAUGGCCACAGCGACUCAGCACUCUGACCCCGCAUUCAUCACAACUAUAACUCUGCUUAUUUACCAGGUGUCUUAUGUGAGCGUGUCUACCAGAGAAACUUACUCUAAAGUGGGGAGGGAGUUGCUGGCUGCCAUAGCAACAGUCCAUCCCUACGUUGUGUCUGUUCUCCUGGAGAGACUGAGAGAGACCAUACAAACUGUAGGAAUGGUGGCUCUUUACUUGUGCAAAGAGCUUCCUCUGAGUUUGUGGCGGCCCCGGCCUGAAGAGAUCUGUGUGAUCGGAGCAUGGUUGCUCCAGCAUCCCCUGUCUGCUGUGGAGAACCGGCUGGCUUGUGUCAUGCUGGAGGGUCUGAACUGGGGCUACACACAGGACGGCUCCUUGGCCCUGUCUUCAUCCCUCCACAGUGAAGUGGCUCUGCUGGUGGCUGAAGCUUUUCAGAAGUACCUUACUGACAAACCGUACAGUGGCCUCAUAUCAGAGGGAAUCAAACAGGUGUCUUACCUCGCCAGUGUCCUUCGCUUGGGUGUAUCUCCUGAAGCAUCCUUUAGCCAAUGGGCAUGGCAGCUGUUGCUAAGGUUGAAGCUCCACAGCAACGCCCAGAACCCAAAAGGUGCCUGGUCUGUCCCCGCUUUGACAUCCAACCCACCUCCAGAGCUCACACACACUCCCAGCAUGCACUCUGUCAUCAGGGCUGUCAAAGCAGGCAUCCCAAUUGGAUGCUACCUGUCCAUCGCCAUGACAGCAGUGGGACAUAGCCUGGAGCACUUUUGUACCGAUGGAGUUGGAUUGUUGAAGAGUCUGAUUCAGUCGCGCCACCUGAGAGCUGCUGUGCAUCUUCUGGACAACAUCCUACCCCCAACCUACCCUCUCAGCUUCUACCUGCUCAACAACUCUCAGUUUGUAAGCUGUAUCCAGCUGUUCCUGCAGUACGACAGCGUGUGUCCUCAAGGUGUGACACAGCAGGUCACUCACCGCGUAGCACCACUACUCACAGGAACCACCUAUGGAGACAAUGUCCGACUGCUGAACAGUGUCAUUCAGAGUCAUGUACUGGAGAGUUCUAAGCCGAGUCAUGUCGGUGCUGCAGCAGUGCUGGAGUUCUGGGUGGGGAUUUUAACUCAACAGAACCUGUGGUACCGGGACAAAACAGUCCUGUUCCUCAUGGAUCAGAUCUGCUGUGCAGCAUUCACACACCAUCAGGAGGAAUGUGUGCAGAAACUUCUGUACCAACAGCAUAAGAAUGCCUUGGGUUAUCACGGAGAUCGGGGUCUGCUCUCCUCUCUGGUUGGUUGGAUCGCCGGCAAUGCCACACCCUCAUUUAUCGAGGGCCAAUCCCUGAGUGCGGAGGUUUGGUUCGCCUGGCUGGUGCUGAAUAUGGAGGGCGUGUUUGAGGACGACUCUCAGCUGAGACGCUGUGUUGAAAAUGAACUGUUGUCAGACCCCAACAUUUCCCCAGAACAAGCCUUAAAGAAAGCGCAGCAGAGGUUGAAGCUGCCAGUAGCACCAUCUCUGCAGCGACUGCAGGUGUACCGUUGGGCGUGUCAGGCUCUAGCCACGCCUCCUGACCACCCCCUCCUUCCGCUGGUCUGGCAGAAGUUCCUUCAGCUCUACCUCAGGCAGCCAGGACCAGAUUAUGGGCUCGCUGCAGGUGGGUGUAUCGGCCGAAGGUUCUUCCAGGGCUCUUCUCAGGCCUCAUUGCUCAGAGACCUGAGACAGAGAAUACAGGAGGUGUCUGACUUCCACCACGCUGCCGGCCAAGCCCUCAGGGUGCCCCCGCCACACACGCCUUCAUCAGACAGCCAGGGCGAUGACAGCCCUGACAAUCCCCGUCCUCCCUAUCUCACUUCUCCUCAGCUACACACAGAGCUGGUCAGGUUGUAUGGUGUAUUUGCCGUUUGGCUGGAUGAUGAGACUCUGCAGAAGCAGGAAGUGUACCUUCCUUCUCUUCCUCCCGAGUAUGAACCACACAGACUGGCACAGGUCAUGCAGCGGCAGCAGGAACUGUGGCUGGAGUAUGUGGACCAGGAGCGACUGCAGUAUGAUCAGAGAGAGGUUCUGUCUCUGUGGGAGAAGGUGCAGAGUGAGCCAACCUUCUUGCAGGCCCAAAACCCCGGCUUCACUGACUACACCAGCCUUGACAAUGCAAGGGAGCGUAUCUUGUCCAACCUGCAGAAGCACCCAGUUCCCCGUCCAGCUCCAGAGCUGCAGCAGCAGAAGGCUCCAGUAGCUGAGGUCCCCGCCACCUGCCUCACUGACUCUAAAGCUGCUGCUGAACUGGUGCAACAGGACCUCCGCAUCCUGCAGGACCAGGCCAGGAUUGCAGUGGCACGUGAAGCCCAGCAGGUGGCAAUGGAGCAGGAGCUGCUGGAGAGCCUUCCUCUACUUUAUAAGAACCAACCAGAGCAAGUCACCAUGGCCCUGGAGUGUAAAGGAAAGGGGGGGCAGCCAUGCCAGGGACCAGCAAACAUCACAGUCACAUGUGAGCGUGUCCAGAGACAGGAGGCGGUGCAGACCCAGAUAACAUCACUGCGCCGGGACAUCAAGAAGCUUCAAACCGACUCCAUGGCUCCUCCACCUCAAAACCUGGCUCAGGCUGCUGUCCACACUGAGAACUUCAUCACGGCUCUGGUGAAUAUGUACAAGGCACAGAAAUCACCGGCAGUGCAGCAUGUAGGCGUGUCUGCUUUCUACCAAGUGGUCUCCUUUGUGUGUGAAGACACUCUGCGACAUCCCCCGACACGCCAGUACCUCUCCUCAUGUGUAGAGAUCCUGGGACAGGUGUUUAUCCAGGGCAACGCGGAGGAAUGUGGCCGUGUUCUGAAGACCAUUCUGGAGCAGAGGCGUCUUUGUCCACUCAUUUCCCCCUUCUUCACUCCCAACGCUGCGCCCAAUGAGCUCGUCUUCCUCUACCAAGAUGUGGUGACAUCACUACACCUCGACAGUGCUGAUGUCAUUUUUAUGCUCCUCACAAAGUUUGAUUUGUUCCAGUGGCUGAACGAAGCGCAUCCUGUGUUUUCGGAGCGAACCCGUUUGCUGGAGUUGGUCCACGGAGCUCUUUGCGUCUGCGGCCGUGACCCCGAGCCUGAACUUCUCACACCUUUUCACCUCUUCACCAAACACUGGACCUGGCUUUUACGUCACCAUUUCCCUGAUCACUACAGUGACUGCCUGCGACUGCUCAUGACAAGCUCCUCAAACCAGUUACUGAGUCCAGAGUGCUGGAAGGUGACUCUGAGAGUGCUUGGCUGCUUACCUCCAUCUCGGCAUACCAAGAGCAAAGCUGAACAAGCACUGAGCACCACUGAUGCCUCCGGCCGUGCUGUCGUGCCCCCAGCUUCUCCCUAUAGGUCCACCAUCAGCCUGUCUCCUCAGCAGGUGGAUGAGACUGUCGAAUGGCUGAGUGAUUACUUCAUGCGGAGUCGUCUCAGUAAGCCGGAACUCCGCAGCUUCGGCCUCUACUCAUCCUGGGGACCUUAUGUCAGUGAGGUAGUUUCCCUCUGGGACUAUUUGGUUGGCUGUCUCAUCAACUUGCAACUUGGCAGCUGUGCCAGAGAGUCAGCGGGCAGCAGCAAAAUAAUGAAAGCUCUGCAGGACCUUCACAGUAAGAUUGUGAAGUUAUUCAAGCCUUGGAUCUUUCCUCUGGACACUGAAGAUGGCGGUAACCUCAAGUGUUACCCCUGGCUGGAGACAGAAGCGAGUGCAGCGGGGUGUCUGGUCGGCCUGUUCACUCAACUCACUGACACUCUGCAUCACAAAUUCAGAGAUCGUCUUCUGCCCGGUCAGAGAGGUGCACUGUGGCUGUGCAUGAUGCAGUACUGUGAGAGCUGCACCUCCCCCCGUACACCCGAGUACCUUCUUUACCUGUACCACACACACCUCCGCAGCCUGCCCUGGAGACACCUGCACCCCGACACUCAGCUGAUGGAGCAGCUCUUCAAUGUGGAGAGAGGAAGUCCCAAGAGCUGCUUCCUCUUUCUAGGAGAGGUGUUAUGUGAAGUCAACUGGGUCAGUGUCUUAAGUGACCACUUACAGACACCCCCCACCUCUACAGCAUAUCCAACUCUCCCUGACACUCAGAAGGAGUCGCAUACCAUGUUAGUUUAUCUACUCUACAUGCUAGUGUUUCUGGUAAAGGAGGAGCAACUUCUGAAUCAACAGGAUUCCCCUCUACUCAGUCUAUUGGUCCAGUCCACCUCUCUUCCAUGGCACCAACUGGACCUGUCCUCAUACCAGGGCAUUUUGGGAUAUGUCAGCACCCACUACCCUCCCUCGUUGCUGCUCAGUGGUGAUUCUGCGCCUCAGCUGCUGCUGAAGUGCCUGCGCAGUGCUGCUGGGCUCCAUCCCUGUUCCAAUGACGUUCCACACAGGGAGGAGACGCUGAAGGCUGCAGUGUACGUGUGCUGGUGUGUUCAGUCUUUGGUCACUCUGGAGCAAGGAGGCAGCAUCAGCCUCAACAGCCUGGAGACUCAGCUGGAGACAGUUCUGGAGGGCGUUGUGACAUUCAACCCACCUGAGACAGGUUUGGAGCAGAGGCACAUGGCGUUCUGCAGCCUGUUCAGCGACGCCCUGGCCUUGCUGAAUGGAGUGGGUGUGUCGACAGGCGAGGCGCUCGCUGCUCACGUAAUCACCUGGCUGGACCGGAAGGGGAGGGGCUUCCCUAUUCUGCCUCUUCUCACAGCUUGCUCUCGCUGUCUUGCAUCAGUACGACACAUGACGCGCAUCAUGGAGGCGUGCAUUACAGCACACUUCAACCAUGCCGAGGAGGAAUCAGCUGGUUGGGGUCCUGUGUUGGCAUCGCUGCAGGUGCCUGAGCUCACGGUGGAUGAUUUCCUCUCUGAGAGCCAGUCAGGAGGCAGCUUCCUGACACUUUAUGCCUUCAUCCUGCAGCGCCUCAACACUGAGUACACAGCGGCCAAUGAGAGGAGGACUCUGGCGCUAAUCAACACGUGGACCAAUCAGGUCUUUCCCAGUGGUCCAGGUGAUGAAGCUAAGCUGUUUCUGUGGUGGCACAAAGCGCUGAGCCUGUCAGCGGAGCAGCUGCAGCCGCAGUCAGGCCAGACUGAAGUGUCAGGAGUUGUCAUGGGUCUGUUGAGGUUACAAACCAGGCUGCUUCAGCUGGGAGAGGAAAGACUGAACUCCGGGCUGUUAGGAGCUAUAGGCCUGGGCAAGAGAUCUCCUGUUACUAAUAGGUUCAGGGUGGUGGUACGCAGCCUGGCAGCAUUUCUGUCAGUCCAGGUGCCAUCAGAGACGGAGCUUCGACUGCAACCCACCACUGACUUGCAGCUCUCUGCGAAAGCACAGCAAGCGUUGGGGAUGUUGGAGGCCAUGCCCAGCAAUAAGCAGUAUGCUGAGCUAGAGGAGUCUGUGAAUAAAGCUGUCCAGUUCAUCCGUUACCCAGGACACUGUCUCAGAGACGGAUCCCGGCUGCUGGCCCUGCUAGCCAACCUACUUUACCCCGACCUCAGAUACCUGCACAUCAUCCGUUAACCAUGAAUCAAGCUGACUCGAAUGCUGGAGAUCCAGGAGGACUUUAGUCUUCUGUGACAGAAAACCUGUUUGCACAGAGAAAAUCUUUAUGGAGCACAAUGUUUUCAAGUAGUGAAUCGCGUAUAAGCAGGCGGUUUGUGUGACAGACACUGUUCAUCAGAGCUCGCUGUGCAUCUGUGAAAAUCAUAUUUUGACUGGUUUGACAACGAAGCUUCAUAAAGCCAGUCCGAAGCAUAAGGAUAUGUUAUGCUAACCUGAUCUCUACAUGCACUUUGGUUUUUUUUUCUCUCUCAUGUUUCUGCCUUGUUGCUUUUUAUAUAACCUGCCUGUCAGUUUUCAACACAUCAGUUCUACUCUUGAUUUUAGAGGAAGUUGCACAUAUUUAUUGAGGCGGAAUUCAUGAAUCAGUAUUCAACACUGGGCUUCGGCUAUGUGUUUUCACGCCUGUUUGUGGAAUCUAGCACAACAAGUUGAAGGGUCCACAGAUUAUUUGGAGGAAGUUGAAGGACAUAUGUAAUAGUUCUGUACGAUUAGUGGUACCUUCUUAAAAUGGGGUGUGGGACAUACCAGGAAAGCUGGUAGGCAGGGUUUAAAUGUGUCAUACAAUUAUAUAAGUCAGCUUUUGAUGCUAGCAUCUAGCUAAAGUCUGAAAUCUCCCAAUCCUAGCUUCUGUACACACACAGAUGGAUACAGUGGCCGCCUGUAUGAAGUGAUCAUGUUUAGUAACAGAACAUUUGCCAGUAUUAUUUUAAUGUCCAGCCAAAAGUGCUUUCCUUGUUUCUGCCAAAGAGAUGUUAUUUUCGUUGCUCGGCUACUUAAAUCUUCUUGACUAUGUACAAUGAGUGUUUCUCGUCUGUCCCUGUUUGGUACAAAAGCUGCAGUCUGAAAAAGCACACACGCUAGAAGGAACAACUAAGUACCACUUACAAUGUGCCACAACACUUGGCUUCCUUAUAAAGUAGUGUGUGCACUGUAAUACAAGUUACUGACACCGUUGGUAUUACUAAACGGGCAGGCAUGUCGUGUUUUUGGAGCUGGUAUAUAACAGACCAAUACACAAAUAGUGGCACAUGUUGGUGACUUGAGGAUAAAGGCGUAUUUGUAUCUCGGAUGUGUGAGACCUUCAUACUGCUCUGUACAUCCAAGACAGUUUUUUACAUUUUAAUUACCUUUGUUAGCUCAGUACUUCUGUUGCUCUGUGCCAUCUGAAUAAUAAUUGUGCUGCACUUCUGCCGCCUGAAGCUCGCCUUAUUGCCUGUGUUAUGUAGUGACUGUUAAUGUCAAAGGCAUUUCUUUUUAUGAGUCACUGAUCGGGAAUGGGUCUCAAGAGUGGAGGAGGAGGGAGCUUCGGAGCAGGGCUGCACAAAUGAGACUAUGUUCAAUAAAGGGAACUGAAUGUCUCUCAGCUAAAUCUGGCUGGUUAUCAGGGACCAUAUGUACUACAUGGAGUCUCUGGGAGCAAAAGACUGAUCUAUACUCCCAGGACAUCUCACAUACAGAGAGGGACACGUAUGUACAGCCCUGCUUGGCAAGAGCUGAAAAGAACCGGGGAGAGAAACAGAGAUCCAGGCAGCGAUACUGAAUACAUUGUGCAACAUCUACGACAAAACUGGCCUGAAAUCAGCAUUCUCCAUGCAUAACGCUGCAGAUGGUCAAAGUGAAAUUAAAGCCUCCUUGUCUAAGAAGCCUGUUA